AUGAAGGUCCUGCUGACGCUGGCGGUGCUGUUUGCCUGCAGUGUGUUCACGGCUCACGGGAAGCUCCCACGCAUGUUCACACCAGGACUUGAAGGAAGCACCGUAGGAAAUCUGACCGCCUACGGCUGUUACUCGGGAUGGGGCAGCAGCGGCACAUCGAGGGCUUCAGUGGACCGGUGCUGCUUGCUCCGUGCCUGCUGCUACGCCAAGCUGGCUGCACGGCGGUGCCGCGUGGGACCCAUCCAGCCCCUCAUGGUGCCCCGGACAAGAAUCCCCCCCACCUGCCGCUCCGGGACUUGGUGCCAGAGAGGUGCCUGCAGAUGCGAGCAGGCAGCCUGGCUCUGCCAAAUGCGUGGCCGGGGGUUGCUCCGGCGUCGCGGCAAGUGCCGGGGACGAGGCGGGCGGUGUUGA